AUGUGGUAUCGUAAUUCUGGCGGGGUUGUUAGACCGGCCAACGCCCAAGAAAUAUCCCCCGUCUCACGCACCGAAACUCGUUCUUCGGACCUCGAGUCCACACCUAGUGCCUCUACAACGGAGGAAGUCAUCGAUGUCAUUGACAAGUCGGUCCAGUCUGCUGGCCAUCUUUCCCUCAGCCGCGGGGCAGCCCCGGAUGCUAACACUUCAAUGGGCAAUGGCCCGGCCAUGGAUUCGUUCCAUAACGCAAUCGACGCUGCGCAAGAAGAAAAUGUUACUUCUUUGUUUCUUGAUCCAUCAUUUAGCGCCCCGGAUCCGCUCCUAGAUUUUGAUUGGCUAUUUGAGAAUGUACCAGCAAGCUUCGGUGCGACAGACGAGGAUGGCCUCACGGAUAUGAUUUCCCCGUCGCGAACAAGCACCUCCGAUAUGUCACCACCAUAUUUUCCCAUGAACUCACAAGCCAUUCGUUUUCCUUUGCCUCCAGACCCUUCAUCCUUUGCACCCUGGGCGCUUGUCCAGGGUAGAUUAUUCGAGGCCCUCCGGACUUUGCCUCAAGCGGUUCUGGCCUUACCAUUUUUUAUCCCUUCCAACUUGUCCCAUUUUUUCGAACUAUACUUCGAGAACUACCACCCGCAUUUUCCAAUUCUACACCGACCGACACUGGACCCGACUACAGCGCCAGCUUUGCUGAUUGCUGCAAUUGUGACCCUAGGAUCCACCUUAUCUAAUGAUGUCACUCAUUUCGAGACUUCAAUCCAGAUUCAUGACUCUCUUCGCUACAUUAUCUUCAAUCUUAUGAAAAGAGGUGUUUCAUAUGCCAUCGCUUACGAAGGAGACCUGAGUUUAGAACAGUCAUGGCGCCAAUGGAUCGAGGUUCAGUCGUCAAACCGUACUGCAUUCUUUGGGUUCGUCAUGGACGCACAGCAUAGUUUCAUGUUCGGUCAUACCUGUGUUCUGUCAGUUCAGGACGUACGCCUCCCACUGCCCUGUUCAGACUAUUUAUGGGAAUGUGGAAAUUGCCACGAUUGGAAUUCAAUGUAUCAGAAGAUGCCAGAGCCUCCAGGCUUUCUUCCUGUACUAAAACGGCUCAUUGCACGUGCUCCAAUUCCUCCCAACUGCACUGCCUAUGGUCGAUUAAUAUUACUUCAUGGUUUGUUUAGCGUCACUGCCCAUUUGAAAGCGAGAGAUUCAGUCACGCUUGGAGUUGGUGGCUCUCUGCCGCAUGGCUCCCGCCUAGCUGCCACUGAUGGAUGGAAAGAUACACUGGAAAAGGCUAUGGACACCUGGUCAUUUUGCCUUGUAUCGCGAAGCUCGUCACUGGCAUUAGAAGCCUCGAAGCCCCUACAUCGAAUGGCAUAUGUGGCUAUAUAUACUGAAAUAACAGACAUGCACGUAUUGGCCGGUGCGCCAUCUCUUCUCGGGAAUAUGCUUUCCGAGGCUGACUUUGCAGGGGCUACAACUCGGGUGCGGGCUUGGAGUGAAAGACAAGAAGCAAAGAGAGCAUUAUACCACUGUUUGCUUCUGGUCCAGGAGAUUCUAUUUACAGGAAAGCACUAUCGUGCCGCUCAAGACAAUCUUUCCCUACGACCUUGGUCUUUGUACCAUGCCGCGCUUAUUUUGUGGGCAUUCGGAUUUAUGUCGAAAGCAAAAGCGCCAGCCCCAAAGCAAGACAUCUCAUUGAGUGCCGAAGAAUAUCUUGUGCGAAUGUUGAUGUUGCUCCGUAGUGACGAUGAUGUUGGACCUGUAUCCCAACAGACAUCUGAGCUAUUAAAGGCGGUACAAGAAAGUUUGGAAGAUUGCCGUUGGGAGUUACUACGAGAAGCACACGAUACUCUUGGUCGCCUAGUUGCGAGUUCUACAUAA